AGCAGAAGGGUCUACGCAAAGUAAAGUCAGACCACGGCCAACAGGAACUACGCAGGAAGGAAUAAACAACUAACAAAACUUUAAACCAUUGGUUACCUUUAGAUUUGAAAAGAUGAACAGAUUGUUUGGACGAACAAAAUCUAAGGAACCACCGCCAAAUAUAACUGAUUGCAUUGCUGGGGUCGACAGUAGAGCAGACUCGGCAGAGAAAAAAAUAGCUCGGCUUGAUGCAGAACUCAAGAAAUAUAAGGAUCAAAUGGUGAAGAUGAGAGAGGGGCCUGCAAAGAAUGCAGUUAAAGCCAAGGCUUUGCGAGUUCUUAAACAACGGAAAAUGUACGAAUCACAAGUUGAUAAUUUACGUCAACAGGCGUUCAAUAUGGAGCAGGCCAAUUACGCUACACAGACUUUAAAGGACACUCAAGCUACCGUUGUUGCCAUGAAAGAAGGGGUUAAGCAAAUGCAAAAAGAGUUUAAAAAUAUAAAUAUCGAUAACAUUGAGGAUAUGCAAGACGAUUUAGCGGAUAUGUUAGAACAAGCUAAUGAGGUACAAGAGGCAAUGGGUCGAACUUACGGAGUACCUGACAUUGAUGAGGAUGAACUUGCCGCAGAGUUAGAUGCUCUUGGUGAUGAUCUUGCUUUGGAUGACGAUACUUCGUAUUUGGAUGAUGCCAUUAAAGCACCUAGUGCUCCGGAUAAAGAACCUGGUGCGAGUUCAAUUAGAAAUAAGGACGGUGUCUUGGUAGAUGAAUUUGGAUUACCACAAAUACCAGCUACUUAAAUUUUUUACAUUUGUUGUCAUUGCCACUUAAUCUGCUAUAAGCCAAUUAAUCAUACAGGCACGUUCAAAGCCAAUGGGUGCUCCCUGGGUUUAUGAUACGUAUCUUUACACAAGAAACUUGUUACAAUCUACAUCAAACUAUAAACAUAAGUAGCAAAAGAUAUGCAGAUUUUGCCAUACUAAUUCUUGCAACAAGCUUGGCUGUUUCGAUAACUAUUUAGGAGUUGUAUUUCAAUUGCUUGCAUGUUUUAGGUACACGUUUCGUAAGUAAUGCAUAUUAUAUUUAAAAGUCAGUGAUUUAUCGGUUCUUAUAAUGUCUGUUACACAAUCUUUUGUUACUAAUAAAUAUAAUUGGUUAAAUUAACUGUAAUCUA